ACGCCCUCGAUUCUUUCAAAAAGGAGGAAAACGAAAGGCGAGAAGGCAUUUCGAAUUUGAGGGAAAAGAUAAGCCGAGAAAAACCAUGACUAACCAACUCUGCAAGCUCUUCGUCGGUGGAUUGAACGUACAGACGACAAAUGAGGGACUUCGACAACAUUUCGAGCAGUACGGUCAGCUUACCGACUGCGUUGUGGUUCAGAAUCAGCAACUACAGCGGUCCCGCUGUUUCGGCUUUGUGACCUACUCGACUGAGCAGGAGGCCGACGCAGCAAUGGCCGCCAGACCACACACCGUAGACGGCCACGGCGUGGAAGUGAAAAGAGCCGUGGCGCGAGAAGACGCCGGGAGACCAGAGGCCCACGCCAAGGUAAAGAAAAUUUUCGUCGGCGGGCUUAAAGACGAUAUAGAAGACGAACACCUACACGACUAUUUUUCCCAAUAUGGCGCUAUCGAGAAGGCUGAAGUUAUCAGCGACAAGCAGACCGGCAAGAAGCGUGGAUUCGGCUUUGUCUACUUUGAAGAUAACGACUCUGCCGACAAAGCGGUGGUGCUGAAAUUUCACACUGUCAAUGGACACAAAGUGGAGGUGAAGAAAGCCCUGACCAAGCAGGAGAUGCAGGCUGCUGGGGGACGAGGCGGCAGGGGGGGGAGAGGCGGACGAGGAAUGGGACGGCCUCAAAAUGGCUACGGUGGGGGAAGAGGGGGUGGUUACAGCAGCUAUGGUGGUGGCUAUGGGGGAGGAGGCUACGGAAGCAGUGAUGGCGGAUACGGCGGCGGCGGCUAUGGCAGCGGAGGAGGCUACGGUGGAAGUUACGGAGGAACCGGCGGGUACGGAGGAGGCUAUGGCGAUAGCUAUGGUGGCGGAAAUGGCUACAGUGACUUUGGCAGCGGAUACGGCCAACAGUCAUCUGGCUACGGGCCCAUGAAAGGAGGCAGCAGCUACUCCGGCCGAAGCAGUGCCCCUUACUCCCGAGGGGGUGGAGGAGGCUAUAGCAGGGGGGGCUACGGCGGCUCUUACUAAGCCGAGAGACUGGGUCGAGCGGCCGUUUCGUCUCUUUGCCGCCAGUUAUAGCCAUUUCUUUGGACAUCAAACAGAACUCAAAACAGUCAAGUUUGCUAUUGCUGAGACACCUGGCAAAAUAGCGGACACUGAAUCCUAAUCCUAAAGAAGACCUCAAGUGACCCUAACAGGUAGGAAGACCCAUACCCAGAGAACCUGACUUGCACGACCACGUUUUAUCAUAGGACAUGUUCGAUUUUGCAGGAUUGAUUAGCAAAGCUACUCGCUAUAUUUUCUAAGCGUGGCACUGUUCCAAGUUAAGGUGUGAAAUCAGCAUUUUUAUUUUAAAAAUUGUAAUAUGUACGAAUAUUGAGUAGCAGAGGUCUUAUGUCGACUGUUUUAGUUUUGUUUGUGUAACCCUAUCUGAUUUUUGUUUUAUCUGUAUUUUCCGCAAUUAAUCUGACUUUCAUGUCCCCCCCAUAGCAGCUCUGAAAUGCCAUGAUGUAAAUGUAAAGGGUGGAGAACCCAGGAAAACAAGUUGGAAUUUAUGACGGGCAGGUUCAGCUAUACGAUCUGUUUAUAGCAGUAAACUCCGUUGUAAACUCAGUUGUAACCUCAUUGACUGCCCGCUGCAGUCGAUUCGAUUCAUUUUUAUUUAAACGCUUGGAAGGCGAUCAGAACGUUAUUUUUUUGUUAGGGUCUGGUGUUGCAAAGUUGAUGUCCCCCCCCUCUCCUCUAAUACCGGCGAAGCAGUUUAUUACAUUUUCAAGCAACAUGCUCUUUGUGUAUUGUCAUUGUGCAGUUACACCAUCUUAGCAUUGUUAAACAUUGAUAUGCAAUUGUAUGUUCAUUUUUAAAUAAAAAAUCAAAGCAGAACAAAGGUUAUUUUACUUUACUUUAUGGAUGUUGUGUUACCAAAUGACGCUUUCAGGGAUACGCUAUGGCGGUUGAGUGUUGGUUCUACAUUAAUGUUGAAUCCCAUGCGAACUUGAGUACGAAUACGCUGACUUGGAAACGCAUGUGGAAUAUCGAUCUAAUUGACCUUACUGCUCUUUAAAUUUAGCUAGUAUCGUAUCGAUAUCAAACGCAAACUGUUAAAAGGGGUUAAAGUAAAUCCGGACCAUUUGAAUUGACAAUGCAUUUCUAUAUGGGUAUGUGAACGAAAUUGUCAACCAGAAAUUUAGUUGACUAUUACUUCAUUCAGUGUACGCACGCGUUUCAUAGACGUGCGUUUUUCAAAAUGCCCGCCGUGCCUAAGGAACCAGGUGUACAGUUGUAUAUUCCUACCUGAGCGUGAGUGUAUCGUUAACAUGAUUUUACAUGCAGUUACUGGGGCAGUGGGGUGUCAGAACUUUAACAUUAAAUUCAUAACGUAGUCCAAUAUCAACACCCUGUAACCACAAUUGGUUCAAUUCAAUUGCUUGAUUCGUCCCAUUUGUUGUAAGACGCGUUUGGAACGGCAGCAAGUAGCAACCAUAUAGAACUGGUUUCCCCUGUUCGGUCUGAGGAUCUCUAUUUUACGUAUUUAAAAUUGGCUGUGGAAAAUCUUGUUUGAUAACUGACACCCCCUGGCAUGUUUGGGGAAUCUAUGCACAAUGCAUGGAUAUUUCUGUUGGUUUUAACUGACUAUAGGUAGUCAUGUUACCACUUGACUUGAAGACAUUUCAAAAUGGAAAUGAGUUUUUAUUUUAUUUUUUAUGUCCUGGAUUGUUUGGACUAUGGAGGGCUCACCUUUAUUUCUGAUCCCUAUAUUUAGGUGUUCAUACUGUUAUCCCGGUACCUCAAAAUAGGUGUAGCAGAUUUUAUACAGGGACCCUGUUCAAUACCUGGGGUCGAGGUUGUGAUAGGACUCUGAAAUAUCUCAUUAGGAUCACUUCCUGCAAAACUAGGUAUGUAAAUCAAUCUGUCUCCACCUACACAUUAGUUACAAGUAUUUUAUGAUUUCUCUGGAUUUUAUCUGGUUAAUUUAGUAAUAUAUAUGUAAACCCAAUUAAUCUUAUGUUCUCUGGAUUUCUGUUGUACCUGAAGAAAAAAAAUCUUUCACAUUAAGUUUGCUUACUAAAAUAUGUACAGUUAAUGGGUUGUGAAUUAUGGGCCUUUAAUGCAGUAGCUGUUGCAAAAUUCCCACUUUCCAGUGUUAGCCAUUGAUUGAAAUGCGACUUGGAAAGGGAAUGAGCUCCCGUGCCAGCUUGACAAACGUCAUGUUUGUCCGCCUCCCUUACGCAGCACCUGUUCCAACUUGCUUUCUCUGUCUCCAGGAAGCUUCAGUGGCCUGCCCUUGCCCCCUCCAAUCACCUGUGGCUUUUCAUUGGCUGCAAACGGUUUUGGUGGCGUGUGCAAAGGACCGGGAAAAUUUCCAGGAACGUCCUCAACCGCUCAGGGACGGCUGAGCGGCUUGGCGUGUUCAGCCCCUCGUGCAACGGAAGUGUGCUGAGCUGCUGCCUGAGACCGUCUGCUGUUGGUGGGGGCGGAGGGGGGGUAAAGGGGCGGCGGGCAGUGUGGCAGAAUUUUGGAAGAUCUUUUAAAAUGUAAAGAAGUUUUUUUUGGAAUUGCCUUUUAGUGGGUUUUUAAAACAUUUUUUAUCAUGGACAUUUUAUGCUUUUUUAAAAAAAUUUUUAUUUUUUUACCGCUUCUGGAGACUAACUUAAGUCUUCCAUUCUUUUUUGAGCAAACAGUCUGUUUCAUCAUGAUUAUAUUAUGGUGAUUACUUCAGUUCAUAUUUUAGAUGCAUGUAAAUACAAGAUGCUGAACUGGAUUUUUAAAAAUUUAAACAGGUUGUGGAUGGCGUCCUCCAACUGCUUGUGGUGCUUUAAUGCCUGAUAAAAUUUAAAUGCAAUGCUGCUUUAGUAGUGGUUUUUUCAAUUUUUUAUUUUUUUCACUUCUCAACUGAUACUCAAAAAUAAAAUAAGUAUAUGAACAUGUUAAA